UGGUUGGUUUGAUUUGAUUUGAUAGACCGGAAUUUCAUCAGAUAUUGUAGAGAUACUUGAGAUCUAAUUGCCGGAGGAAAGGAGCCGAACACAGACUGUUUACCUUCAUAAGAUAAGAGGAACGCUGUGUUGAGCGUUUAGUGGAGAGCAGCCAUGCUCUAAACAUUUAGGUUGUGAAAACUCUCCUUGAACCAGGAUGGGAAAACAAAACAGUAAACUUAAACCAGAGGUCCUGGACGAUCUCAAGUCCAACACCGAGUUCUCCGACGCCGAGAUUCAGGAGUGGUACAAGGGGUUCCUCAAGGACUGCCCUAACGGUCAGCUGUCCGUCGAGGAGUUUAAGAAAAUCUACGGAAACUUCUUUCCGUACGGUGACGCGUCAAAAUUCGCGGAACAUGUGUUUAGAACAUUUGACGCCAACGGGGACGGAAGUAUCGACUUCCGGGAGUUCUUAUGCGCCCUCAGCGUGACCUCUAGGGGUAAGUUGGAGCAGAAAUUGAAGUGGGCCUUCACCAUGUACGAUCUGGACGGAGACGGGUAUAUCACGAGGCAGGAGAUGUUGGAGAUCGUUACUGCAAUCUACAAAAUGGUUGGAUCCGUGAUGAAGAUGCCAGAUGACGAGUCCACCCCGGAGAAAAGGACGGAUAAAAUAUUCCGACAAAUGGACAAAAAUAUGGACGGGAAACUGUCUCUAGAAGAAUUUAUUGAGGGAGCGAAAAGUGAUCCUUCCAUUGUUCGUUUACUACAGUGUGAUCCCCAGUCCUCCUAAACAGAGUCAUCUUGUGAGAAAAUAUUUAAUUUAACUAAACAUUCCAAACCCCAGUGCCCUCUGUCGGCUAGAACCGGUUGAGUUGAUGACGUCACAUGGAAUCUAAUACGCAGUAGAGAAUAUAUAAUUAUAUCCAGCAAGUUUUAUUAAAAUGUUUUAACCCUUU